CCAGUGAAGGAACGGUGAUAUAUUUCUAAGUGAGGAUGGUGAGUGGCUUUGAGGGGACUUUGCAGGUGGUGGCUUGAUCUGUAUGAGGGAGUUGACACUUAUCAUGGGCAGAUGGCAAAUAGCAGUAAAAGUUUACAGUCGUAAUCUGGCAGAGAAGAGGAGCCGAAUUUCCAGGUGAAAGGAAGGAUUCCUCCUGCAUCCUGCCUGUAUGUGUUAGCAACACUGGGUAUACCCUGGUCCACCUGAAGAUGUCGUCUGAUGCACCCUUCCCUGUUAUUUCUCCUCCCCACCCCUGUUAGCAAUUGGAGGAUGUUGUCUGUUAUUUCUUUCUCCUUCUCCCUCCUCAGAUCCCUCUGCCCAGCUAUGGCGUCUGACGACGUGGUGAGGUUUCAGUUCCCGAGCCACGAGGUGACCAUCCUGAAGAAGAUGAACCAGCUGCGGCUGGAGGAGCGCUUCUGCGACGUGACCAUCGUGGCGGACCAGCUGCGGUUCCCAGGCCACCGGGUGGUGCUGGCCGCGUGCUCGCCGUUCCUGCGCGACCAGUUCCACAUGAACCCAUCGCAGGAGGUGCAGGUCUUCCCCAUGACCGGCGCCCAGAUUGUGCUGCGCCUGCUGCUCUCGUGCUACACCGGCCGCCUCGAGUUCCCCUUCAAUGACAUCCUCGACUACCUGACGGCUGCGAGCUGCCUGCAAAUGGAGCACGUGGUUGAGAAGUGCCGCCAAUCGCUGUCGCCGCGCAUCGGGCCCCGCGUGACCCCGUCCGAGGGCGUCGAGGAGGGGCCCGGCACGCCGCAGAUUGCCAGCUCGUCGGAGCGGGCACCGGAUGCCGACAGGACGGCCGCCUGGGAGGCUGCGGCGGCGCCGGAGGAGAAAGUGCCGAGGCGGACGCCGGCCGACGAUGUGGUGAAGCUGGAGUCAGAGCAGCGCUCGGAUUUCGGCGGCACCGAGGACAUCUGCAUCCACAAGGUGGAGUCGCUGGCCGACUGCAUGGAGGGCUGCCCGGAGCCGGAGGGCAAAGCGCGGGGCCCUGAGGCCGCCAACGGCCUGGAGCCCGAUCCGGGCAUCCACUCGACGGCGGGCGGCUACCCGGACGCCGGCGGCCCCCCCUACGACAUGUCGGAGGUGAUGAUCUCGGACGAGUUCCAGGAGGAGGACUAUGAGAGCUCGGCCAGCGAGGAGUGCCGCAGCAGCGGCUUCGCCAGCAACUAUUACCGGCCGGGAGAGGAGCACCCGCCGCUGGCGCCACAGCAACAGCCGCCGCCACCGCCUCCCGCCGCCGCACUGGCGGGACUGGGCACCAAGGAAGGGGAGUCAGCGCGCAGUCCUGGCCUGUGCUCGGAGUGUGGCGCGCCGUUCGAGCACCGCGAGCACCUGGCCGCCCACAUGGUGGUCCACAAGCUCUACAUGUGCCUGCUGUGCGGCAAGGUGUUCAAGAAGAACGCGCGGCUGGCACAACACAUCAAUGUGCACACCGGCUUCAAGCCGUACUGCUGCGCGAUCUGCGGCCGCACCUUCACGCAGAAGCGCUCGCUCAAGGACCACAUGAACGUGCACAACGGAGACUCGCCGCACUGCUGCAACUACUGCGACAUGCGCUUCACCCACUACAGCACCCUGCGGGUCCACCUCCGGGACCAGCACGGCAAGACCACCACACGCAACAUGGAGAACAAGCCCGCCGAAAUCAGCCUGGUGGUGCCUUAGCAAUUGGUUUUACCCACCCAAACCCCCCCCAACCCAAUUCCCCCCUAUCCUUGUUUCCCCCCCCUUCCUCCCCUCCACCACACUCUUCACCCCAUCAUCUCAGAAUCUCCAUCCUUCCCCACCCUAUAUCCCAUCCAACUUCUCUCCCGAUCCCACCCGAAUGGCCUCCUGUCAAAAAAGAAGCACCCCUUUUUUUAAGACAACUUCGCAGUGCAGCCAACCCGAUUAACGGCACACAGUUUUGUCCCGAUUGACCUAUUCCAGUCAAUGGAGUCUCCACCAAAUUCUUUGUCCACCUGCUCUUGUCUGUCUCAGUUUUUUUAACCGACCGGCCUAUCCUCACCAUUGCCCGGUUUGUUUUAUUUUGUAUGUCUCCGUGACAGGAAACACCUCUUUUGUGUAAUCUAUAUUUUUAUUGCAAAAAAUAAUAAUUUGUGAUUUUGAAAAAAAAAGCAAAAAUCAUUUCUUUUUAAAACCUCCUGUUGCGCGAGUUGUUAAUUUGUCAGGUGCUGGGAACGUAGGGCAUUGUUCCUCAGAGUGGGAUUUAUUUCUCUGAGGGCUUUUAUGGUGGUCUUUUCAGUUAUCAGGGCAGGUAGUUGCCACGCAAUCUAACACUCCAUCAUAAGCACAAUUUCCAAAUCGUACAGCCUGUACAUGAAGUUGUAGGGGUUCCUGCUGUCACUGUCAUAGCUUUUGCGAUCAGAUUUUGUUCACAACAUUGCAAUCAAUAUUGAAGAGCCACUGACUGCUGUUUGAGUUUUUGAGGGGGUAGGGGCUACAGCAGAUUCAAGGUCACCACUCCCCUGGACUUCAUGGAACAGAUGGAGGCCAUUCAGCCCCUAGAGCCUGCCUUGCUAUUCCAUAUAAUGCUUACAGUGCAGAUAGGGUCAUUCAGCCCAUGGAGUCUACACUGCCCCUCUGAAGAGCAUCCCACCCAGAAAUGCCCCUACCCCAACCUCAGAACAACACAUGGGUUUUUACCUCACGGCUAAUCCACCUAACCUGCACAUCUUUGAAUAUUUACAGGGCAAUUUUAGCAAGGCCAAUCCACCUAUCCUGCACAUUGUUGCUGUGGGAGGAAACCCAUGCAAAGACUGGGGAGAAUAUGCAAACUUCACACAGUCACCCAAUGCUGGGACUGAACCGUGUCCCUGGAACUGUGAGACAGCAUUGCUAAUCAUUGUGCCACCAUGACAAUCUCAUUUGAUAAGAUUGUGACUGAUCCUACGCCUAACUCCAAACACGUGCCUUUGCCCUUUAUCCUUUGAUACCUAACUAAAACAUAUCGCUCUCAGAUUUAAGAUGAGCAAUUAAUCGAGCAUCAAUUGCUAUUUACGGAUGAGGAUACCUACUGUGAUCUAUGUACCUAGAUGUGUUUCCUAAUUUUGCUUGUGAAAGGUUUAACUCUUACUUUUUAAACAGUGACCCUUCAUUUUUGACUCCCCACCCAUCAGAAAUAGUUUUUUUUCUCUUAUCUACCUGACCUGUUGCCCUUAACAUUGUGAAAACUUCAAUCAACUCAGCUGUAUCCCUCUGAAUUCCAGGGAAAACAUCUCUAGUUGUUGUAAAAUCUGAUGGGAUUCAACUUUCAGAGUCCAGCUAUCAUUCUAGUGAAGCUACCCUGCACUCCCAUUGUAAACCUCCAGAAGUGUGAUAUCCUGAACUCCUCACUGUUACUCUUGGUGUGCUCUAACCUGGUUCUUAUAUAGCUGAAGUCAGACUUCCAACUUUUUGUAUUCCUGUCCUCCAGAUAUAAAAGGCCUGCCUUCUGUUAGCUUUUGGUUUGAUUGUUUUCUGUACCUGUUCAUGACAUUCUAAUGAGCUUUGGAACCUAGGCUUUCAAGUCUCUUCAGAUCCACACUGUUUCCAGCUUUUCACCAUCAUAGGGAAUAAACCAGCAGUUCUCACAUCCAAUAAGGAAUUAAAAAAAAGACAAAUUCAGAUGCUAUAGGUGGGUAUCUAACCAAGGCUGAAGUAUCAUUUCUUCCCCUUUCAUGCCAUCCAUUAGCUUUUGAUUUGUUCUGAUCAUUCUUAGUAUCCAUCUGCUGGAUUUAAAUGAUCCAUCUAUUGAAUUUCAAAAUCCUUUAAGACUAUGUAUAAUCUCUCAGAACCUGUUGUCUUUAAACUGGAGU